UUCAGCUGUGUACAGUGGACAAGACAUUUUAACUUAUUUGUCCUAAUGAGAGGUUUUUUUUUUAGCUUACAGCUUCCGGUGUUAGCAUGAUAUCGAAUUGUUAUCUACUUUCGGACGGACUGUUCUCGAUUCCUUGUAUUUCAUUGGUCUGCGCAAGAGACCAGAGACAAUUUCAAUAACUUAAAUCACCGUGACGAAAACACAACAGUAAUUUUUUUUGGUUCCAAGCUGUUAUCACCAGGUUCACCAGAACUGUGUAACUACGACUUUAAAGUUCUAGAGGGACCUUUCACUGGCUGGUGAAACGCCAUUUUCUGCAAAUGGUCCCGCUCAUCGUCGGUCUGAACUGAUUUUCACGAGAGAGGAAGAUCGAUAAGUGCACCGCAAAAUUGUUGUAAGACCACUGACAAUAUGGAGGAUACAGAAUGCAUAUAUGAUGAGAUCAGGCAGCUUGUUGCUGUGUCUCCAAAGAAGACUCAAUAUGAUUCAAAAGAGAGUGUUUUAUUCAUUUUCAACAAGCCGCUUCUUGUGGACAGCGGUCCCUAUGAAGUAGAGUUCAAAGGAGAACAACACUGUCUAAAAGUGCCUGCUGUCCUACUGAACAGCUGUGUUAUUCAGGUGCAUGCGCCAGUGUACUACCCGCCGGAAACUACCAUCGUUAGCAUUUACGAUAAACUCAAGGAACACGAGCCCUCCAUCGCUCGGUGUUCUUUUGAGUUUUUCUCGAGGAGUCAGGUGCUCGAUGAACUUUUGGAAAAAGCCACUUGUCCAAAGCAGCUGCUUUGUGAUUCGCUUGGGGUCUCCACAGCUAACAUUACAAUGGUUGACGAGGUUAUUGCUCGCAAAAUUCAGCAGAAGUCUCCCCAUGAGUUUCAUUUGCUUGAGAUUCCCCAAACCGGACAAGUGGAAGUUUCAGGUCAGUCGAGAACCAUAUACCCCACUCUUAUUCACUUUGGAGCUGCCCACGGACUCAAGCGUGCCGUAGCGGCGUGCCUACAGUACUGCCCAGCGGCACGACAGGCGUGCGCACUCCAAAAUAAACACGGCAUGUGCCCAAAGGAAUUAGCAGAGAAAUAUGGACACUUCGAAAUAUCAGAAGAUCUACAAGAUUUUGAGGCAAACGAACGAAUGCAUACAAAAAAUAUCCCCUCAACUGAGAUGGAAGUCAACAACAACUAUGAUCAGGAUAAUCAAGAGAAUUACAUAGAGAUGGACCCAAAAAUGCCUCUAGAUCAGCCUGAUGAAGAAUAUGACUAUGUGAGAAUGUCACGACCUGAAAAUCAAGAGAACGAGAAAACGAUGACUUCUGAAAUUUGGAAAGCAAUUCAUAUAGCAGAACAAGCUGUCAAUCAAAGCUGGAGAAAUAGUGAUAUUAGCGAGGAAACGGCAAAAGCAUUCAGUAAAUUCAUUCAGAGGAGUGCUAGAGAGCAUAGAGAAGAGCUGAUUUAUGACGUGCCCCGUAAGGAUUUCGAAAGAGCGCCCGCCUUACCCCCAAAGCACCACUGUCUUGACAAUAAACGGCACUCCAUCCACGACAUCCCUACAUGCGGUAACGCCCCCCCGCUUCCGCCAAGGUCUCCAAGAUCUCCGCAGUCACCUCUUUCACCCAGAUUCUUCUUGGGUGAGCAGGGAAUGGGUGAAAGACGUGGCUCAGAUCCAAACAUUUACACCAGAAUGCAAUCACAAUUUGAUCAACAGCCAAUCUGUGAAGAAACAACUUACGGGUCACCAGGGAGUCCCCGAUCGCCACAAUUACCAGCCAGGGCAAAAUUUUCCUUUGCUCACAGAGCUACUGCAGGUUUAGCUAAUGGAUGGAGGGGAUCAGAUCCUAACUUAUCCCAUAGACCAAAUACCAAAAACUAUGGCUCUUGUAAUGGAGCAAGAAAUGCAUUAACCCUGCCAGUAAAACCUCGUCAAGGCAUGAAUGGAUUACCGCGUCAUCCAGACUUCCCAGACGUAUUUCUUCGUCAAAAGUCUCAUUCCAUUGACGCAACUUCUGUGGGAUUCUCCCCCAAGAUUCCCCCGAGAUCACCGCAGCGAAAUCAACGUAACCGCUCAAUGAGCGUUGAGCCUGGAGUGCCUGUGCACAACCUUGCUAAGAGUCGUACAAUGAGUGAGCCCAGAGUACCUAUUUCCUCUGAAGCCGUUCUAUCAUGAUUACACCGCUUUUUUUUUCGCCAAUGAAUUGACUGACAGAAUGCGGGUCAAACGAGAAAUAGCCUUGCUCAGGACAGUUUAUUUUCACUUUACAAUAUUUAUAUUAAUAAUGCUUUAGAAAUACACAGGCAAUUAAAAGCUAACGAUAUAAUGUUCCUACGUUUCGGUUGAAUAAAUACUUUAGCGCGGAUCGAA